AUGAGCCGUCGUAGUCUGAGUCUGCCAUUGAGAUUGGCCUCAUCGGCCUCAUCACAGCGAUCGUCGUGGAUCUGUCGACGAUGCUUGGCUACACAAGCUGCCGAACUACCAUCAGCCAUUGACGCCGUCGUCUCAACGCCUACACUGCCAUCUGGCUCAGCUGCGACAACAUCACAAGCACAACAUGGCGAUCCUCGACUCUCUGCCUCGGGUCGAAAGGAUCCUGCCACAGGUCGUGUUCAGACAUUGUCGAGGACGGACCGUCUCCUGAAAGCUCCCUUACCACACCCUGUACCGGAACAGCAUCUUCAGCACACUACAGCGGACUACCUACCCGAGGAGGAGCUCUGGGCAAGGUCGCGAACGCAGCCGCACAAGAAGAUUGUGGGCAUCGUUGUCAGCGCUGGCAAGAUGGAGAAAACAGUAAAGGUUCGCGUGGCAGGGCAGAGAUGGGAACCAAGGAUUCGAAAGUACUUCGCCGAUCAUACAGACCAUCUCGUACACGACCCGAACUCCUCACUCGUCAUUGGCGAUGUAGUCUCGCUCCAUCGCCUACGAGCCAGCAAAGCCGUUCACCAUGUUGUUGGCGAGCUCAUGACUCCUUAUGGUAUUCCUCGCGAGCAACGGGCGCCUAUACCUACACCGGAGGAAAGGCUGGCGAACUACAAGAAAGAGCGGGUGCAGAAAUUGCAGCGUCGGUCACUUAGACGGGAGGCCGCGCAGGGUGAUGCAGAAGCCAUUAGGAAGCUUAAGGCUAUGGGUCUUGAUCCUGGGCUUGGUGCAGAGGUUGGCGUUGGCCAGACAGCGAACCUGCAAUCCAGCGCUGGCAAGAGGAAGGUUAGCGGUAAGGGUGUGGCGUUGGGGAUUAAGGGACAGAAGCUGCCCGAAGGUGUGCUUCCUGGUGGAGUACAUGAAGUGGGCAGGAUCGACGGCAGGGCAAGACGCAACAAGGAGCGCGCCAUGAGGUUGGAGGAGAAGAGGGAGCGGACCCUCGUUCAAGCGCGAAAGCAUGCAGCAGCAACGGCUGGUGGUCAGGGUGCUAGUGCGGAUCCAUUGAGCGGGACGACGAUAUCUCGUGGCAGAGACGGCUGA